GGGCCGCCAUCAUGGCCAACAUCACCAAGAAAGUGUCGUGGUCCAGCCGGGCCGACGAGUCCGGGGCCACCGGGGAGAGAACCCCGCUGCUCAACGGCUCCGAGCCGCAGAGCUCCAGCUCCAGACAGCCGUCGGAAGGGGGCAGUGUAUUUCAGAUAGGCAGACUCAGCACAGUGGAUUUGGAGGAGGAGAUAACGUCCGACGAGGAGUCUCUAAGAGGGCGGCCCAAAGAGAUCCCUCACACCGAGAAGCUACUGUCUCUUAAAUAUGAGAGUCUGGACUAUGAUAACAUUGAAAACCAGCUGUUUCUGGAGGAGGAGAGAAGGAUGAGUUACAUGAAUUUCCGGUGUCUGGAGAUCAGUCGCUGGGUGGUCUGCGGCCUCAUCGGCUUCCUCACCGGCCUCAUCGCCUGUUUCAUAGACAUUGCAGUGGAGCAGCUGGCCGGGAUCAAAUACCAAGUGGUCAAAACAAACAUCGAGAAGUUCACAGAGGCAGGCGGCCUGUCCAUCUCCCUCCUGCUCUGGGCCUUCCUCAACUCUGCCAUCGUCAUGCUGGGGGCCAUCAUGGUUGCGUUUUUUGAGCCCAUAGCGGCAGGAAGUGGUAUACCCCAGAUAAAAUGUUACCUGAACGGCAUCAAGAUUCCCAGGGUGGUACGACUCAAGACACUGGUGGUGAAAGUCUGCGGAGUUAUUUGUUCUGUGGUUGGCGGCCUCGCUGUCGGAAAGGAAGGGCCCAUGAUUCAUUCUGGUGCUGUUGUAGCUGCAGGCGUCUCCCAGGGCAGGAGUACAUCUCUAAAGAGAGACUUCAAGAUCUUUGAAUACUUCCGGAGAGACACAGAAAAAAGGGACUUUGUUUCUGCCGGAGCUGCCGCCGGAGUUUCAGCUGCCUUCGGGGCACCAGUCGGUGGCGUUCUGUUCUCUCUGGAGGAGGGAGCUUCCUUCUGGAACCAGAUGCUGACAUGGAGGAUAUUUUUUGCCUCCAUGAUUUCCACCUUCACCCUGAACUUCUUCCUCAGCAUCUAUCACAACAAAACUGGAGACCUUUCCAGCCCUGGUCUCAUUAACUUUGGUCGCUUUCAGGGUGAUAGUGUGGCCUAUUAUCUCUAUGAGAUUCCAUUGUUCAUCGUCAUGGGAGCUAUAGGUGGUUUGCUCGGAGCUCUGUUCAAUAUCCUCAACUACUGGUUGACCAUCUUCAGGAUCCGGUACGUCCAUCGCCCUUGUUUGCAAGUGAUGGAGGCCAUGUUGGUUGCUGCGGUGACCGCGGCCGUGUCAUUCACUAUGAUCUACUUCUCCAACGACUGUCAGCCUCUGGGGCCAGAGCACAAUGAGGAGUACCCACUGCAGUUGUUCUGUGCAGAUGGAGAGUACAACUCCAUGGCAACAGCCUUCUUCAACACUCCUGAGAGAAGUGUCCGCAGUCUCUUUCACAACCAGCCAGGAAGCUACAAUCCUUUGACUCUGGGCUUGUUCACUCUGACCUAUUUCUUCUUGGCGUGUUGGACAUACGGCCUGGCAGUGUCGGCCGGCGUUUUCAUCCCGUCUCUGCUCAUCGGAGCCGCCUGGGGGAGACUGUUUGGAAUCCUGCUGGCCUCCAUUCCCUCCAACGGAUCGAUCUGGGCGGACCCGGGUAAAUACGCCUUAAUUGGAGCUGCAGCUCAGUUAGGCGGCAUCGUGAGAAUGACUCUCAGUCUGACUGUCAUCAUGGUGGAGGCUACGGGAAAUGUCACAUACGGCCUUCCCAUCAUGCUCGUCCUCAUGACCGCCAAGAUAGUAGGAGAUUAUUUUGUGGAGGGUCUGUACGACAUCCACAUUAAGCUGCAGAGUGUUCCCUUCCUUCACUGGGAUGCUCCUGCUACGUCCCACUGGCUGACGGCGAGGGAGGUGAUGAGUGCUCCAGUUACCUGUUUGAACAGGAUAGAGAAGGUGGGAACCAUCGUGGACACCCUGAGCAACACGUCCACCAAUCACAACGGCUUCCCCGUCGUCGUGCAGGUUUCUGGUACUGAUGAGCCAGCCAAGCUCUGCGGGCUCAUCCUCCGUUCUCAGCUCAUCGUUCUCCUCAAGCACAAGGUGUUUGUGGAGUUGGCCCGGUCCCGGCUGACCCACAGGAAGCUCCAGCUGAAGGACUUCAGGGACGCCUACCCCCGCUUCCCCCCGAUCCAGAGCAUCCACGUGUCCCAGGACGAGAGGGAGUGUAUGAUGGACCUCACAGAGUUUAUGAACGCAACACCCUACACAGUACCACAGGAAACGUCUCUGCCUCGUGUGUUUAAGUUGUUCAGAGCCCUGGGACUCAGACACCUGGUGGUGGCCGAUGAUGAAAACAGGGUGGUGGGACUGGUGACAAGGAAAGACUUGGCCAGAUAUCACCUCGGCAAACACGGCCUAGAGGAACUUCAGCUGGCCCAGACAUAAUACACACACACACACCCACACAAACACACACACGAACACACCCAUGAACUGUUACCACCUGAUGCCUGAAGCUGUUGAGCACCAGCUAUGCAGAGAACAUCUCUGAGGGCAAAGAGAUCACUUACAUUCUUUGAUGCCGAAGUGGUCGCCAUGAGAACACAAGGGGAGUUCCUCUGUGAAAGCAAAGAAGAUUCAUAAGGUUGCAUUGACCAGAUUAAAGACAUUUUACCAACAGAGUCAAAUAGAUCACAUCAACAAUAAUAAACCAAACAGUUAAUCAUAAUAGUAAACGAUAAUAAUGGCAAUAAAUUUGAGCAACACCAGGUGAAGGAAGUCUGUUUCAUCUCAGUUAACUGGUAAAUGGAAAACCUUGUGUUCUCUGUGUUCUUACUCCUCAACAUCACAAACAUCUGAAUGUUCGACCGCUCAUGAAGUAAUAUUGUUCUGGAACAGUGAUACCUAAACAUUCGUUUAUUAUAUAUUUUAAAUGAUUUACACGUGUCUUGCCGUUGAACUGAGCAGGACAUUGAAACUGGUUUGCUUUGAAAACCUGAUUUGAGCGAGCGUCCACGUCCCCAUUUGAGGUUUUUUCUUGGACAAUGUUUGCAAAUUUAGUAUUUUCCAAUUCCUUUGUGUAGUUUUGCACUGAAAAAAAAAAUGUUAUUUAUUGUUGACGUUGAAUGCUUGUUUUAUUUUUUAAGUUUGGAAGAAUGUUUAGAAUUUACAUCACAGAAGGGAGAGGAGACGCUUGUCUGAUUGGCUAAAUGAAACAGUUACGAAGAGAUGGUUCUGUUAUUAAAUGUGGAUCCUCCUCGUUCUUCUUCACUAAGCUCACACAAAUAUCAAAUGAUAUGUGUAUUAUUGAUGGUACAAUUCGAUUGGUACGAAAACGUUUUUUUUUUGUCUCCAACAAAUGUUUGCACCUCCUACUGAAAAAUUGUAUUGGCAAAAAAAUACUUUCAAGUGUCCCUCAUGAAGAUCUGCAUAUCUAUGAAUGUAAAACUUUGUUUACCACACAUCUUCGUUUUGAACUCAUCAAUUAAUCCUUGCGUUACCUGGUCAGUGUACGGCACAGAUAUUCUGAUUUCUAAUUAUUUUAUCAAUUUGUGCGUCCAACAUUUCAACUGCCAGUGUUUUUUGCGUUUCCCUCCAUCCCUGUCACACUUUCAUUUCCUUUGUUGUCUUUUUCUUUUUCUUGUUCCUGACUUUAGUCUUUUGACUAUGCUCUAUUUUAUAACCACUGGAUAAGCCUUUUGUGAAUUAAUAAAGUUGAAAUUUAUCUAUUGUUA